AUGUUAUUUCUUAAAUUUCUCAAAAAUAUUACACUCUUCAAAAAAAAACCCGCCACAGCUACGGAGACUACAGGACACGGAGCUACCGAGACUGCAGGACACAUCCCUGGUUUGAGGAGGAUGUCCGACAAGGCUGUCAGGAACCAUCUCCGCGAGGCUGAAGUCCGACCCAGAAGACCCGUUAUAACAGAUCCAUCGACAGAGACGCUUGUUUCAGAAGCGAACCCAUGUCAGAAUGGCGGAACGUACGUUGUGAGCAAUGCUACCUGUAUCUGUGUGUUUGGGUUUACGGGACAACUUUGUGAGAGGCGAUAUUACGAUUGUUCCGAGGCCUACUUGAUGGGAGAGCGAGUUGCCGGUCACAUCACUCCUCUUGUCAUCCAACCCCUGACCUCCCCAUCCCCCUUCACAGUGUCCUGCUACCUGGACUGGGGCGGCUUCACUUUCAUCGAGAAACGGAUGGGAGGCGCUUGUCCUGACGUCGACUUCAACGUCACGUGGGCGGAAUUGAAACACUUUAUAGGAGACGUGGAGUGUUCAUAUUGGCUGGGCCUGGAGCACAUCCACCAGCUAACCCAGCAGAAUACCUACAUGCUAGAUAUGUACAUCACAUCGCAUAAUGGUUUUGGGGGACACGCCUUGUACUCGGACUUCAGCCUUGACAGUGAAGGUCAAGGCUACAAGUUCAACUAUAACGUCUACGUUCGCCAUGGUUAUCCUGCAGAUGAUGGAUUUGCAUAUGGCAGUGGCAAUGAUGUCAAUGGCUUCGAUUUUUCAACUCUUGAUCGUCCUGACCCUGAUGAAUGUGUCCGCGGUGGCGCCGCCUGGUGGUAUGGUUCAAGCUGCCCGGAAGUGAACCUCCAUAUGCCGAUGCAAACCGGAGGUAUCGCCAACCCAGCUACAUGGGUGAAUGUUGGAACUGAGAUUGAAGUGACCACACUGAUGUUUCAGUUGUCUACAACAUGGCCUUGA